AGUUGUCUUCUGGCAGUUUUUUUUUAUUUACGAAAGCAAAACAUUGAAUAGUGCACUGACGGAUGAUAAUUUAUCUUUCCACUUCAAAUCUAUAUCUCGUCAACUUAAGAAUGACACAGCAAUAGUUCAUUAUGUUAUAUUUAGUGUUCGAUACAUCGAAAGUCUUUUCUGCAAAUGAAGUGACACGAACUAUUGUAUAAACAAGUACUGCACAGUAGUUUGCUGCAAGUUUUGUGGUGUGUAAAGGGGUAGUGAGUGAAUUAUGUCAAGUACGCAUUUUGGGUUAAAACAAUAAUGGUGAAUUUAAUGGCGAUGGCGCAUGCAGUGUACCGAGGCGUCGUGGAUAGCCUGAAGGGCACGGUGGCCAUAUUCUACUUGGACACGAGAAUCAAGGAGCGGCUGCAGCUGCAUGCGUCCCCGGCCCGGGAGCAGACCAGUGGCCGGAGGAAAGAGCUGUCGCGCCGAGACAGCCUGAAGGGUCUGUCAGGCGACCAAGUGCAGCCGAAGGUGAUGAAGCGCGUGCUGGAGUGCUGCGUGCUGAACGGCGGCGUGUGCCUCUGCAGUAUCCUGUUCUUCUAUGGCGCGCUGCUGCCCGCACUCAACUGUGCGUUUCACGCCGUGUUCGGGGACUCAUCGUCCGUGGGCCAGCUGGCGUGGGGCUGGCUCAAGGUGUGCCUCUCCUGGAUAUUCAGCAUCUUCUGGGUGCUGCCGCUGCUGCUGCUCAGCAAGGUCGUCAACAGCCUCUGGUUCCAGGAUAUUGCAGACUGGGCUUUUCGCUACAAACGAGGUCGGCCUCAGCAGCUGUCGAGCAUCAGCAAGAUGAUUGCAGACUCGCUGUUCAGUGUGUUGGUACAAGCUCUGUUCCUGGGCCAGACCCUGGUGGUGGGCCUACUGCCCAUAGUGUUCCUGGGCGAGGUGCUGAGCCUGGUGCACCUCUGCAUGCUCUACUCGCUCUACGCCUUCGAGUACAAGUGGUGCAACAUGGGCUGGGAGCUGCACCAGCGCCUCACCUUCAUCGAGAACAACUGGCCCUACUUCCUGGGCUUCGGCCUGCCGCUGGCCGUGGUCACCUCGCUGCACCCCUCCUACGUCAUCAGUGGUUGCAUCUUCUCCGUGUUGUUCCCGCUCUUCAUCGUCAGCGGUAAUGAGGCGGAGCCUGUGACUGGAGCAUGUGAUUUUCCAUUGCAGUUGUUUUCUCUCGUGAUUUAUGCAUCGAAUGCAAUCUUCAACCAAACCAUCGGACCUAAACCAGCAGAUACGGCAGCUACCCGAAGGUGAUAAACAUCAGACUUGUGGAGCUUGGGACGAUGUGCAACUUGGAAAUUAGUAUAGUUACAACCUAAUUUUUAAUCAAAUGGUAAAAUAAAUAUUUCUUUUUUGGAAUAUGUAUAUUUUUAUAACACAUUUUGGUUUUUUGUUACUAUUUAUAAGCGUUAUUUAUUAUUUUGUCAAUAAAUAUGUGUACAAAAGGUUAUCGAAAGUUGAAUGUGACCAAAUAAUUAGUGGUAGAUAUGUUUUGAGAACCUUGUGAUGGUAACAAAUUAUUCCAACUGUCUGUGUAUUGCGCAACAUUGUAGUAGUAAUGCCUAUUAUAUUUCUGUAAGUUUACUAUGCUGAUUACAUGGUGGAAACUAUUAAUUGAUAAAAAACUUAAUUCACUGAAACCACUUUGUCGAGCAAUGCAUUUGCAGUCACCAUCUUCCCUUCACUACAGUACUGUGGGACCAACAUCCUGUCCACAACCAAAACACUGCUGCCAACAACCGGAAACGUACAAAUUGCUUGACACCCAUAAAUACAUUCUGGUAUACAUUUACUCUCUAUUUACACUUGGAAUCACCGAAUGUAUCGCCCUCCUUUAAAAAAGUAUUCCAAUAAUCAGGGUGGUCAGCGACCGAGGUCAGGUGUGGAGCCCGUGAGCAUUGCUGAGUGUUUCAGUUCAUGUCACUCAUCAUCAAUACAUUGGUGUGUCAGUAACGUUAAUCCUGUACCAUUGAUUUGUACUUCAUUGGAUCGUACACUCAAUUAAAAUAAUUGUGAUCGUGCUCAAUUAUUUCUAUUUUUACACUGAUAAUACUUACCAAUGUGAACUGAAUCAGAUGUGCAUUUCUGUUCUCUAGGCCUAUGAUUAGGACAAGAUUUUAUGGUGUUAUUGUUUCUCUUUUUUAUAUUGUCUUUAAUCAUUUGAAAAAUUGUAUUAUUAGAAAAAUCCAAAAUAAAUAGGAAAAUUUUUGUGUGUUUCAAACAUGUGGCAUUAUUAAUGCAGAAAUGUGUUGCUAAUGUAAGAGAUGCAGGAUUAAAUAAUAUAUCAAUUUUUUUUCCGCUCCAUUUAGGUCAUAUAUUUUGGUACUAAAUUAAUGCUAAAUACAUUAUAUUCAAUGAAUUUUCCAUGAUAGAAGAUUGUAUUUUUAUAAUUUGAGUAAGUUCUGACAAAUUACGGAUUGAUUUGAUGUUUUUAGUUACUCUUUGGUGCUGAAAGGUGUGUUAACUUGCAUUUAGGUGGUAUGUGAUGUAUUGACAUGCUUUGCAGGUUAUUUCAGUUUUAUCCCAAUUCACCACGUUGUCCCUAACAAUGAUUAAACCAGCUAUUAUAAUAAAGAAAUAUUAUACCUUCUGUAGAUAUGACUGUUAUGACGAGAGAGAAAAAUUUGCAGAAUCAUACAUGUAACGCUGUAAGACACAACUGCAAAAUAAACAAGCUGAAAAUACAUUUUCUGUAUGUUUAGCCACCUCUAGUUCUGAGGAAAUACGUAAUUAAAUGGUGUUGUUAAUUUGUCCCUUUUCAAAAUUUGUGAAUCAAAUUUUUAAUAUCUUUUUAAACAAGCUCUUGUGAAAACUUAAUUGUCAAAGGUUUUUAUAGUGUUUCAUCAGUCAUCACUAACGGACAAGCUGAAGUGAAUUAUAGUUUUCGUAUUCUUACUAAAUAUUUUCUCAAACAGUUUAGCCAUCACAUCACUAUAGUUUACUUAUAUGUAUAUAUAAGUAUCCCAUCUGCAGACCACAUUUUAUGAGUUAAAAGAUUAUUUAACAUCAGUUAUUUUUUUUUUAAAUUUCCGGUGGUAUUUUCUGUAAUGAAAAAUACAUUGCAUCAAUUUAUUUUAUCUAUAUCUUCUGCAGUAAUAUUAAAAAUUGUUGGGAAAAUCAUUUUCACAAAGAACUGUGUGCUAGAAUAAGGUGAGUGCUAUUUGAGGAGAUAUUUGUUACCUGAGCUUGCAUUAACAGCACCUUUCAGCAAGAACUUGUGUAAUGUGUAGUCAGUCGCAAGUUCUGGAUUAAUGCUUCCUUGCAGGAAAGUAAGGAACUCUGUACUCUUGCAUUGAGCAUCUGCAGGUUUAUUAGUGGCCCUGCCUAUGACAUAAUAAGUCACUUUUCUGACACCUUCACUGUAAUCAUCAACUGCCAAAAACAAAAAAUAUGAAGUAACAACUGAUGAUUUGACAAAUUUUGAUACCAUUUUAGGUACAACACAUGUAAGAAUGUUAGGGGAGAAGAGGAAAUUGACUGAAGUUAGCACUUUAAAAUACUAGAGUAAUGUGUAUUUGACACAAACAAGCAGAAUGCAUUGAUUUACGUCAGAAGACAGGAACAUAAAUGACCUUCCUCCAACAUUAAAGUAGCAUUACAAAAUUAUUAUCAUGUUUGGAGGGUUUUUGUUUUUAAAUUGUUUGUGCAUGCAUUUUGUGAUUAAGAACUUCUCUGGGAGGAAUUAUAAACUUUGACCACAAUCUUUUGUCAAGUCCUGUUAAGCAUGUGUGGAUGGCUGAGCACAGUGGACCCACUUUGUAAACACUUGUGCCAUAAUAGGGCUUGUUGCUGGACAAUUGUUUUGCUAGGCUGUGUUUCAAUCAAGUGGUAGUCAUUUUAUGCUGCGUUGUGUGAGGGAAUUUCCUCUUCUUGAUACAUCUCAAAUGCCUGUCUCAGUGGGGUUUCAAGCUUUUCCAGCAAAAUAGUCAUUGACCAGUAAUAACACUUGAUAACUGGAAGCCCAGAGCUUACGGCAGAGGUUCCCAAGUGUGCGCCGUAAUGCCCUUCUCUCUCUCCUCCAGAAACUUCACUUACUUAUAUAUGCAAUAAACAAUUCAAAUCGCCUGCGCUGCACGCACCACUCACUGCAUUCGCCGGUACUCACGCUCGGGUUGUGAUCGUAAAUUAGAUCACCAGCUCACACGUCACAUUGGUUUAAUUUGAAACUGAUUCUUUUUUUAGUAUUUUUCUGUAAUAAUAAUGUACUCUUGUGUGUCAAUUCUAAUAGAUAUACCUAUGUGAAUCUCAGUUUGUGGUUGUGAGCCUCAGAUUGUAGUGGUUUUCAUUUCUGUGCCUAGUGUCAUAAAAAAUAUGUUUAUUAUAUUUUUUGUCAUUGUACACAUGUUUCGACAAGGUAGGGCGCCAUAACAAAAUACUCAACCUGUAAGUCUGCUGUGAGCUGAAAAAGUUUGGGAACCCCUCCCCUGGCUUAAGGCAUUUGAAUUUUUUUCAGUAGUACAGAGAAAUGUAGAUAACAAUGCAUCACUCUCACUAUGUACUGGUUGAAGGUGCAGAAUGUUUUUUUACAUGCAUGUUGCAACUGUUCACUUUACCUCAUAAUUCGUCCCUGUUACUGGAAUGUUACUUCCAGUGAUGCGUGGCUCUCACAGCUCGCAGAGUUGUGAGUUUUCGGCAGCCUGCUUACGUUUGGGUUGUUCCAACCGUGGAUUUUAAAAUUUCAGCUAAACCAGUUCUCCCGGAGCUGUCUCCAGCGAGGAUUUGUGAAGACAAAGUUGUUAAACCUGCCUGUGUUAACACUUUCUGACUCGUGCGUACACUGCAUUCACAUUCUGACAAGGCCUUCUACAUUUGCUGCAGUUCGUUGUGAGCUUUCCUGUUCAUGAAACACUAAUGUGUAGUUUUAAAAUUGCUGUUUUAACUCAUCUCAUGCAUAUUUAUACUUUCAUUAGAUGGAUUUUCACACAGUGCACAAAAGUUGGUCACUGCUUUAAUCCUCUUGCUUAUUACGUCCUCAAAAGUAAUUUCAAAAUACUGCUCAGUUUUAGAUGAGUCUUUAUUCAUAGUUUCAUAAAUUUCUCUUGCAUUGUCUGCUUGGCCUAAAAGAAUAUAAACUUUGCAAAUUGUAAUUCAGAAAAUGUUACAACACUGGAGAGUGGACAUUAUUUUACAUAAUAAUUUCACAUGAGUGUGUCAUCAGGCUGUUUAAAAAUAGAGUAAUGUAAGACAAUUAGAUAUUUUUAAUUAGACUUGAAACAAUUGAAAGUCAUGAUACACUUAUCACAAACAUGAGGGAUACUGUUAAUAUCAUAAUAAAAUGUGUAAUGUGAACUAUGUGGAGCCAGGUUUACUAUAUUUCAACUCCUGUUACCGUCAUUUGUUACGACACUCUCCAAUCCCUUGAAUCACAUGAUAUUGUUUGUUCUAUGCUGCUUGAUUUCGAGGGAUUAGGGAGCCAGAUUUGACAAAGAAUUGUAAAACAAAAUUAAAGAUGGUUAACCUGGCUGAAUAUAGAAGUUCAUAUUUACACAAAUUUUAACUAAAUCAAAUUAAUAUUUCAAGCAAUUUUCUCAAUAAGAAAGACCAAAAAUGAUAGAUAUUUCGUAAUGGGCAGGUAGCUAGAACUAACACACGCAAUACUAUUAAAUGUAAUAAAUUAAUGUUCCAAAUAUUUAGUGACAGCUUGUAAUGCCAGAUGAAUGCAAAAUGUGUACAUAUAUGAAAAUUUGUAUGAUGUAUAUAGUCUGUGUACAUGCUUGUACAUUUUUUAUUCCUCAGUGCCUGCUUCUAGUUGUAAUACUUGUUUAUAACUCUGUUCAGUUAUUGCUGUAAGUGUUUUGCCAGUCAAUAUUUGUGUGACCAUGACAUUUUAUUAACUGUAUUUGUUUUUCAUAAAUUAAUUAAAAAACUUUUUUACUUGCUAAAAAA